AUGGCGGAACAUGUUGAAGAUUCGGCUCAUACUACGGGCUACGAUGCUCGAAGAUUGCACACGAAUGAUAUGGAACUUGGAGUGACUGAUGCGGUGCAAAGACAUGUCCGCAGGAAUGUUGUUCCACCCAAACCGGUCACUCAGCGGAAACUCGACUUUGAGCAUGUGAGGCCGAGAUGGAUGAGGGAAAUGGCCGCUGAAGCUCUCGGCGUGUUCUUUUACGUGUAUCCCGGUAUUGCCUCACAGGCAGCUUUCUUCUUGAACGGCACACAGCCGGCCUUCGGAUCUAUAUUCCAAAUUGGAUGGGCCUAUGCCAUCGGCAUCGCCUUUGCCAUCAUUGUUUGUGGUCCGACAUCUGGUGGGCACUUUAAUCCAGCAGUAACGCUCUGCCUUGCGGUUUGGCAAGGGUUUCCCUGGUCCAAAGUUCCCAGAUAUAUAUUUGCCCAGAUCUUCGGGGCCUUUAUGGCUGGUAUGAUACUUGUCGGACAGUAUCACCCGCAGUUGAUGGCACUUUCCGCUGAAGUUCAAGCUAAAGGCUUGAGUCCCAACUCUUUAGGCGGCCCUGGGAGCAUUUUGUGUAGUUUUCCCGCACCGACCGAGACAAACUAUGGAUACUUGUUCCUUAUUGAGUUCUUCGUGGACAGCUUCAUCGGCCUUGUCAUCUGGGCCGUCCUGGAUCCUGCCAAUCCAUUUGUCGCUCCCGCCUCCGCGCCGUUUGUCAUCGGCCUUGCAUAUGGGAACAUGGUUUGGGGUUUCGGUGCGGCCACCAUUGCAACCAACUUGGCCAGAGAUCUUGGAACUCGAAUCGUGGCAGCGAUUUUCUUCGGCGGAGAUGCUUUCGAUAGAUACGCACCGAUCGCCGUGUUCACAAAUGUCCCCGCGACUUUUUUUGCCCUGUUUGUGUACGAGGUCAUUUUGAGAGAUAGCUUUGCUAUCAUUGCAAAGGGCCAUAAUGUGCACGAAGAAGGGGAAGAGGGACUGUCGCGCCACUUGACGAAAACAGGUACAUUGGAAACGGGGAUUGCAAGUAACAUACAAAGAAGAGAUGACUAUAGUGAUGAGAGCUAUGCAAACCGACAGAAGGAUAGGUCUCCAGUUUGA